AGCACCUUAAGACGUUAAUCAUCAUCGAGAUAUCAAACAUCGAUGUCAAAAUCACAUCACCACCUCCAAACUAAAAAAACUUGGAUGGUUUCAAUGUUGAGGGAGUUUCCAUCUUUAGUUUAUUCUUAAAGUCAGUUCCAAUUUAACAGAAUAGGACUUGUGCAUACGCUUUAUUAUUAUGAUUUGCCUGUCACUAAACGAUAACGUCAGUCUUGUGAAAUAAUCCUUAUCAUCAUUGUUUGAACCUAAAGUUGUGUGUAUAGGAAACUUUUUACAAAGUUGUAUAAUUAUUACAUUUAAAUUAGUGAGAACUAAUAAUAGUUUGUUGACUUGUGUCAGUCCAUGUUGAGAUGAAGUUAAGGAACGUCAUUUAUGGCACCGCGCGGAAAUUUCGCGACGGAUAUUCGCAGCUCGCCCCACACGGGCUCUGCGUACAGUUGGAUUAAUAAUCAAUGGCUUUGUUUGAGAAGAGGUAUACAAAUAAAGUGCUACUAGAUGAUACAGAGAAGUUAACUAGUGUCAUCGAAAAUGCCAGAACAGUCGACGGACAUACGGAAUACGUGAUUAGGACACAAAGAGGUCCAUUUCCUGAGAGAUCUUGGAGAGUUUGUAGACGUUACAAUGACUUCAUACAACUCAAUGGGGCUUUAUUGGCUUCCGGCCUCAACUUACCUUUACCUCCAAAGAGGAUUAUCGGUAACAUGGAACCAGAUUUCGUAGCUCGACGUCAAGUUGCUCUACAGAAUUAUCUACACGUGAUACUAAUGAAUCCUAUAUUGGCGUCGUCCUUACCUAUGAAAAAAUUUCUCGACCCAGAGAAUUAUACAGCGCCCUUGCAUGAAAUUGCACUUCAACAAGUGUCUCUAGCCUUACGUAGCGAUGCGAAUUAUGAGGUCGGAAAGGCCAUUCCGGAUAUGGGAUGGCGGCUGAGGAAGCAUUAUUACACCGUUAAAAAUAGGCAAAAUCACAAGCAAGAAUUAUUACUUGCCUGGGUGGAAUUUGGACCAGAUAAACAUCUGCAGGACAAGGACAUGCAAGGUGUCUUCAAGAGUUUAAGCACUUUAAAACACGCACACAUUGAAGGAAUUGUACAUCAACACGUAACUGAAAACGGAGCCUUGACUAUUCGAAAUUUUCACGCAGAGGGAACCCUGCGCGAUACUCUCUGCAACACAAAGCCUAAGCAACCUUUCAUUAAAAAAUAUGGAAAUCCCAAGCAGACCAAGUCUUUAUCGGCUUUAGAAAUAGCAAAUUACGGUUACGAGAUUUUGGAAGCUUUAUCCUUUCUUCAUGAAAAGGGGUUGCCUUAUGGUCAUUUACAUACUGGAAAUGUUCUUCUCACGACUUCAGGCGCUAAAUUAUUAGAUAUUGAGAAUGGUCUACUAGGUCUUCCGGCAUUUUAUCGGCCUUACGUGGUCCAGAGACGAAAACUACAUGCAACUACGCAAGUAGAUGUCUACGCAUUUGGCCAUGUUUUAUACGAGAUGGCUUUUGGAAGACCGCUAAUGGAAGCUACAUGUUCAGAUUUGUCUCACUGUGAUUCAAGUUUGAAGAAUUUAUUAGACGUUAUUUUAUCUCCGGAAGCUCUAAAGCAAGAUCUGCCAACAGUUCUUCAUCUCAUGGAGCAUCCAUUUUUUGAAAGUGCGAGAAAAACUGCUAGCGCUAAUGCCGGCGGUAUGGAGAAACCGCACUUUAAACUGAGCUGCCACCUCAAAGAUGCUUUACUUGAAGCUUCGAAUAAAGCCGAAUUGCGUCUCAGGGAUGAGCAGAAAGUCGCUCGUCAUCAGAAAAGACUCGUCAAGGUCCAGGAAAUGAUGAGUUCUGAGGAGGAGAUGAAGAAGCGCAAACAAAAAUUGAAAAAGGAACAAAAACUAGCCCAAGAACAACGUUCAUUAAACCAAUUGGGAACAAAUGGAACGAAGCAAGUGAACGGAAAAAGUCCCGAGAGAUCUGACAGUCCAACGAGUACUUCCACAGCUACGAGUGUCGGAACUGUGACACCUCCUUCGCAUGGUUCAUCAGAACUGCAAAGCAAUGCCGCACUAAAGAAACAUCGAUGCCCAGUGGUGGCGCCUGCUGCUCCGCCUCCGCCUCCAUUGCCGUCAUCAUCCAUGUCUUCAGGCACUAAUCUUCCGAAUACGGCGCCAUCGAAUGAACGUACCGCUCUGCUCGGAAGCAUCUGUAUGUUCGACAAGAAUAAACUUCGCAAAGUUGCCAAUGGACACCAUUGACGUUAGUUAAAUAUUAAACCAGUCUUUUAACCUAGAGAUGCACUCCAAAUUUAGGACACAACCAAGUUUCUCUCGCUGGUGUCAAAAAAUCUUUUUAAUAAUGAUACAAAUAUUUUUUAUUCCAUUCCUAGAGUGUUUGUAUUAUUCAAAAAAAAAAAAAAAAAAAAAAAUAGUGAUGAAGACGACUGGGUCGAAAAUUAUUAUUAUUAAAUUACAAACGGGUCGUUUUUUUCUGACCUGUAAAAUAUUGUUCCAACGAUUUUUAACAUCAUGGAAAAUUUAAUCAUCAUAAAAGUUAAACAAAAAUAAUUGUGUGAAGCUUGUCUCAUUAAAUUGAAAACAUAGUUCGUUAUUAGUAUCCAGAUUAUUUUAUGAGAGAAAUUUUAAGACUGCUCAAUUUUUGUAUAGUGAGAGAUGAACAGUUUCUCGAGUUUCGAGCUGUUAUGAUAAUUUGCUUUAAGGUAUGUUUUCUGAUGAAUGUGCAAUAGUUGAAUUUGUUGCUUUUUUUUUAAUUCUUUGUCUUUCAAAUUAGUUAAUUCUCCAUGCACGAAUAGAUAUUCUCUCAAUCAAUAAAUUCAUUAUUGAUAAAAAAAAUUGUUUAAAGUAACGAAAAAGAUUAAUAUAUUAAAAUUGUCUGUAAUAGCAGUUGAAAAAAGUACUUUUUGCAGGUUUCGCACUCAUUUA